CAAGUUAUGUAUUGAACAAAAUGAAAUUUUGAACAUUUUUUGAUGUUUUUCUGUAGUUUUAUUCAAUUUAAAUAACGUUUCAAGAAUGCUAUCCUCUGUACAUCUUGUCGGUGAAGAGGAAGACGAUAUUUAUGGCGGAUUCAACGAAUACAAUCCUGCAUUUGACGUGGAGAACCUUGAGGAAGAUGAAGGUUUUCAACAGGCUGUAAAGACCAGUCAUGGUCAAAGACCUGGUGUUAAAACUGGUGCGGCAGGAUUGAGAAUUGGAACAGCAUCAGGAAACCGUGGUCCUGGUUCUUCGAUGGGGAGACCAACAACUGGUUUUGCACUGGAUGCGAAUCAAGCAAGACCUAUGACGGCUGUGCGAGGGGCUGGUUACUCUUCAGCUGGCAACAGAGCUCCAGCUGGAGGAGCAUUCGAUCCAUUCAAUCAAGGCACAAAGGGACCUGCUCCACCUCUUGAGAAGAAGGCAGAAGAUAGUCCCGAGGAAAAGAUCAAACAAAUGGAAAAGAAAGUGAACGAAUUAAUUGAAGAGAGUUGCGUCGCAUGUAGUAGAGGAGAAAUGGAACUGGCUUUGGAAAAAGCCAAAGAAGCUGGGAGGAAAGAGAGAGCGUUGUGUCGUCAACGAGAACAGACAGCUGUGUCAGAGCAAAUAAAUUUAGAUCUCACAUACUCAGUGUUAUUCAACCUUGCCGAUAUGUAUCAUAAAAGUCAAAUGUAUUCUGAGGCUCUGAACACUUACCAAGUGAUUGUCAAGAACAAAAUGUUUAGCAAUGCAGGCAGGCUUCGUGUGAACAUGGGUAAUAUCUACUUUGAGCAAGGCAAGCUACCACAGGCAAUUAAACAUUACAGAAUGGCAUUGGAUCAGGUGCCGAUAACACACAAAGAAAUGAGAAUAAAAAUCAUGCAGAAUAUUGGGAUAGCUUUUGUCGAGCUGAAGCAGUAUGCUGAUGCUGUAACAUCAUUUGAACAAGUUAUGAGUGACAGUCCAUCACUAAGUUGUGCAAUGAAUCUGAUAUUGUGUUAUUACGCACUUGGAGAUCGCGAGAAAAUGAAGAAGACAUUUCAAAAGAUGUUGCAGAUUGAGCUGAGCUUAGAUGAUGACGAGAAAUACGCAACAAACGAGGAUGAUCCACAACAUGCCCUAGUUUUGGAAAUUAUCAGAAAUGACAAAUUACGUCAACUUGAAAGAGAAAGAAAAUCCAAGGCUGAGAGGUUUAUUACCUCAUGUGCAAAACUAAUUGCUCCUGCUAUCGAGACGUCCUUUGCUGCAGGCUUCGACUGGUGCAUUGAAUGUGUGAAGGCGUCACCCUAUCUUGAACUUGCCAAUGAACUGGAAAUCACCAAAGCCAUCACUUAUUUGAAGGAAAAAGACUUCAAUAAGGCUGUUGAAACUUUGAAAGGAUUUGAAAAAAAAGAUUCAAAAAUGCAGUCCACAGCCGCAACAAAUUUAUCGUUUAUGUACUUCUUGCAAGGAGAGCAGUCGCAAGCGGAGAAAUAUGCGGAAUUAGCGAUCAGCGUGGACAGAUAUAAUCCAUUAGGUUUAGUCAAUCGCGGUAAUUGUUACUAUAGCCAAGGUGAUCUUGAAAAAGCGAGGGAGCACUACCAAGAAGCUCUGAACAUCGAAGCCUCGUGUACCGAUGCUUUGUACAAUAUAGGUUUGGUUUCUAAGAAAAUGGAGAACUACGAAGAGGCAUUAGAUUGUUUCCUAAAAUUGCACGCGAUUCUACGAAAUAAUCCUCAGGUUAUAUGGCAGUUGGCGAAUAUAUAUGAAAUACUUAACGAUGCUGAUCAGGCAACUGAAUGGUACAUGCAGUUGGUGUCGCUUGUUCCAACCGAUCCAGCAGCUUUAUCAAAACUGGGCGAAAUAUACGAUGGUCUUCAAGAUAAAUCCCAGGCGUUUCAAUAUCAUUACGAGGCCUACCGAUACUUUCCGUCGAGUAUCGACGUUAUUUCCUGGCUCGGUGCUUAUUAUAUUGACUCGCAGUUCUGCGAGAAAGCAAUUCAGUAUUUUGAAAGAGCCUCAAUGAUACAACCGAACGAGGUGAAAUGGCAAUUGAUGAUCGCCAGCUGUUAUCGAAGGAGUGGCAACUACCAGCAGGCCUUAGAUACGUACAAGUCCAUACACGGAAAGUUCCCGGAGAAUAUUGAAUGUUUAAAGUUCCUCGUACGCAUCUGUACAGAUCUUGGUUUGAAAGAAGUUCAGGAAUACGCCCAGAAACUUAUGAAAGCUGAAAAAGCGAAAGAAUUGAAAGAACAGCGCGUGCUCAGUGGUGGACGAGCAAACAGAAGGCCUGGGACUUCCUCGCGACAAAACAGCGCAAACGGAGAUGCAAAUCGUGUGAACAGCGGAAGAGAAAGAAGCGCUAAGAAUCGUGUUAGCAGUGGUUCAAGAGGAGUUAAACCUCGUUCAACCGUAGCUGAUGAUGUGGACGAACCAUUUACCAUGUCUUCUCAGAAGAAUAUAGACGCCUCGUACUCAGAUCCUCUGGGAGACGCUCCAGCUCGACCAAAAACAGCAGCGAGACGAAAUCAACAAGCCGUUGAAGAUGAAUUUGGCGAUGAAGAAUUAGGAGAUGAUCUACUCCCUGAUUAGGAUAUGAUCUACUCCCUGAUUAGAAGAUGAUCAACUUCCUGAUUAGGAGAUGAUCUACUCCCUGAUUAGGAGAUGAUCUACCCCCCGAUUAGGAGAUGAUAUACUCCCUGAUUAGGAGAUGAUCUACUCCCUGAUUAGGAGAUGUCUACUCCUGAUUAGGAGAUGAUCUAAUGUGUCUGAUGUAUCUGUAAAUAUUGUAGAUAUUAAGUUAUACAACUAAAUUUGAAGUAAUAUAAAUAAAUCUGAAG